AUGCCCCUACGCUUUACCACCCCUCGUCUGCCAAUGCUCUCCCCUCGCCUGACAUCGGGGCUCUGGCGGCUCCAGCGGAAAGCCCCGGCCAAAUCCCUGCCAGCAGCAACACUUAUGUCGUCUUCCCGCAAAGCCUUCCACCGGACGCCUUACCGGUCGAAAUUGUACGAUGUAGAUGUGUUUUCGAGCUACGAACCGCCACCGGCUCCCUGGCGCCUCAACCAGACAGCGUUCGGCGUUACAACACGUGAUGGAGGCGAUCCGCGUUCCGACGUACCAGGAGUCCCCGAACCCGAGCCUCCGAGAUGCUACGGCGACACGGGCCCAACUUCGUUGAGGACCCUGCUCUUGAACGGGCAGAAGAAAUGGGGGCUUCAUAUCUAUCGCACUACGUACAGCGACCAGAAGGCGUGGGAGACCUUCGAGACCCACAUAAUGAAGAUGUUACGCUUCCACACAGCUUCCCUCCCCACCCCCGAGAUUUUGGAGGAGAUGGAGUGGCCCAUCGUCCAGGACCGAGCCAACCUUGACGGCGCGUCACCGAAGGACAUAUACCGCCGGUUCAAGAAAUGGCAGAACCGCAAGCCGCAUCCCGACGAAGACAAAAGCUGGGCGGAGUAUCUAAGUCAAACGACGUACUCAUUAUACCCAUGGGACGGGAUCGACUGUCAUUUGACGGGUUCGUGGGACGAGAUAGAUCCGGAGAACCCGUGCAGCGAGAGUGAAAUCGAGGAGAGUUCGCCGGCCAAGAGCGAUUCCGAGAGUUCUUGCAGCGGGAGUGACUCGGAGAAUUCACGUGGCGCGAGCGAUUCCGAGAUUGUGCGCGGCGAGAGCGAUUUGCCGGUCCUACGCCCUGGGUACGGUAGACAGCAUGACGUCAGAAACGUCUUCUACAUCGUCGUUGACGAGCGAUCCUUGAGGAGCGUACUCAACUCGACCCUCGACAUGUUCAACCGAGGCUGGGUCUACAUCGUUUGGGCCCCGAGGGGUAUCCUCGACCGCUAUGGGGGGGAGUGGCCAGACAAGCAGCUCGAUCACAUCCCCGACCGUGACUUCGACCUCUUUUGGUCGAGGAUCACAACGGACGAUAUGUGCUCGAUACUCUAUACGGAACUCCGUGACACGGCGUCGUCAUAUCGUGAUCUCCUAUCCGACCUAGAUACUAACGGUUACCCUCGGGGAUAUUCCGAGUAUGGUCGGCAAUGA